AUGAGCAGGUAUACAUCCUACUCGGACGACGAGUCCGACCUGGACAUCCGUGUCACCAAGCACCGCCAUGUCUCUCCCGCCCGCCGGCCCGUGGCCCACUACGUCGAAGCCCGGUCCCCGCGAUCUCCGCGCCCACGGUACAUCGACGACCAUGACCGCGGCCGCUAUCUGGUCCCCGCCGCCGAGCGCACCGUCGUGACGAGCCGCCGCUCCAAGUCGCGGGACCGUCGUAGCUCGCCCGGCGCCAGUGCCCCGCCGGCGCCGGCGCCACCACCAGCCCCUGUCAUCAUUAACAACCGCAUCUACAACAACUCAGACUCAGACUCGUCCGAGGAGGACACGCGCCGCCGCUCCCAUUCGAGGACCUCCCAUUCGAGGACUUCGUCGGGCUACAACUCGCGCGACCGCGAUCGCGACCGCCACGCUCUCGAGCACGUGCGCUUCGACUAUGAGCGCGUGGCCGACGCCAGGCGGCGCGAGUACGAGCGCGAAAAGGCCGCCCAACAAGAGAAAUACGAGCUCGAGCGCACCCAGAAGGAGCUGGAGGAGCUCAAGUUGGUCACCCAGAUCGAGCGCGAAGAGAAGCGCCGCGACCGCACCAUGCGCGAGGAGCGCGAGCUGCGCGACGCCAAGCAGGAGCUCGACGCCAUCCGCGAGAAGAACGAACAGGACGAGUACGAGCGCCGCCUCAAGCAGAAGUUGGAGCUCCAGCGCCUCAAGGACGAGGAGGCCGCCCUCGCCGAGAAGAAGCGCCGCGAGAAGGAGACCAAAGAAGCUAUUGAUAAGUAUAAAAAGGACGAAGCUGAGCGCCUCCUCAAAGAAAAGGAGGCCGCCGAGGCCCGCGACCGCGAGUUGAAGCAAAAGAUGCAGGAGCAGCUGCUCAAGUCGGGCCUAGGCGAGAAGGAGAUCAACGCCAUCCUAGCCGGUAAGAAGAUCGAGAAGGAGAAGGAAAAGGAGAGGGUGAGGGAACGCGAGAGGUGGGAACCUGAGAGGGAACGCGAGAGGUCGAUCGGGGACAGGCCCCGCCCGACGUAUACGCGCAUGGCCCGGCGGCAUCUCUCGCUCGAGACGCUGCGCGUCUACAACAUCGACUACGCCGUCGACCCCGAUCCCGACUACGUGCUGAUCAAGCGAUGGGUGACCGAGCCCGAGCAGGACACGCUCUGGCGGCACACCAAGACCAUCCGGGAGCAGCGCUCGGGCAAGCUCGUCAUGGCCAUCGAGGACAAGGAUAGGAGAAAGCACCACGGCAACCAUCUCGAACCCGAAUUUGAGUGGGUUCGCAAGAAGGAGCGGAGACGAAGUCGCUCCCCGUCCCUGCUGACCUACCUGGCCGGAGGAAGACCGGCGUAG